CCAGCAGUCAACAUGUCUCUACCACUCUCAACUCCCGAACAAGCUUAUGCAGAACUUGCUAAGAUAUUCACAACAAGGCAUGAACACAAUCAAACCCUUGAGAUUGAAAUCCUUCCUCCGGGCUUCGGUACCUUGCUUCAUGAUGGAUGCUCCGUAGGCAUCACCAAGAAAGUCCUGGUGGGAGCUUUUGUGGCUGCCAGGCGGGUUUUCUUUGAGAAACAGAACUCUACAAGUACAAAGGAGGAAAUGUAUGAGGAUGAGAAUGUGCUGCGGGCUUCAGAAAUUAUCAUACUCUUCGCCGCGGAGCACGCCACGGCUUGUAACUGGCGAAAACGACGGCUUAUUAGGAUGCUCGAGGCACGGAAUGAUGAUACCCUGGAGACACUAGAUACAGAGCUCACAUUGACGGCAUCUUAUCUCUGUUCUCCUCUACAUCGACAUACCAAGUCCCCGACUCUGUGGCAGCAUCGGUUAUGGGCACUGCGCCGGAUACUUAGUAUUCGGGAACUGAGAGAAACACCAGAAGCAAUCCGAUCCUUACUACAAUCCGAAUUAUCGAUCGUCCUGCGCUCUGGAGAACUCCAUCCUCGCAAUUACUAUGCCUUCAGCUACAUGCGCCAAUUGCACACUCUUCUUUCGAAAACGGGACCCGAAACGGAGGAUAUAACGAUAGCACUCCUCGAACGAACCGUAUCUUGGUGCCAGGCGAAUACACGGGACAUAUCAGGGUGGAUGUUUGUGCUGUAUCUCCUUGAGGCUAUACCCGAUCGUCGAGACGUGCAAACGCGUGUCGUGGGUACGGUGGUUCGGUUUGCGCUGGAUAUCGGGUGGACCGGGGAGAGUCUCUGGACGUUUGUUGAUUUGGCGAUAAGGAAUACGGGUGUCGUGGAUGCGGUCCGGUGUCUUUUGGAUAUUUCUGCAGGGGAAUGUAAUGGCACAGCUCUGCCUGGGAAGUCAUGGAAGGCAUGGUUGGGCAUGGCAGAGGCAUACUGGACCACUGUCACUUAGUUCAUCUGCAUUUGCAUUCCUCACCUUCGUGACACCAGCUACAGUUCUACUGUUGAAACAUAACAUUCUAUUUAGUAUCAACAGGGGUAUAGCCGUAUGUCGUAUCUUCGUGGCGAAGUCCUGUACCCGGAUUUAAGGAUACGAAGGAACGCAGAAAACGCCAGCAAAUUUGCGUAUGCAAACUUUGGAACGCCUCGCUAGCAAGAAUGACUGAGUGAACAAAAAUGCGCAUGAACAAGCUCCCCUGAUCCAUCCUUCAAAGAAUCUGACAUCCCGGCCGCG